AUGCCUCAAUUGACGCUCUACGACCUAUCCGCCUCCCGCUCCAUUCGCACCGCCUGGCUUCUCGAAGAGUUGUCCCUCCCGUACGCCCUCAUUCACGCCGAUCGCAGCUCCAACGGUCUCUCCGACGCCGACUUCAAAGCCCAGACUGGUACCAUACUCGGCAAAGCCCCUGUGUUAAAAGACGGAUCCCUCACCAUCCAGGAAAGCGGAGCUAUCACCGAGUAUCUCAUCUCGACCUACGAUCCCGAGGAUAAGCAUGGGCUCUUACCCAAGCAUCCUGUGCCCGUGAAAAUGAAGAUCUUAGAAUUUGUUCAUGCUGCUGAGGCGACAUUGAUGCUGCACUGCUUGCCUUUCAUCUACGCCAAACGUGUUGCUCCCUCUCCAUUCCCGCCUCUGGAACAACUUCAACCUGGCCUCCAGGCGAUCGUGAGGAAAGACCUCGAUUGGUUGGAGGCGGAACUGGAGAAGAAAGGAGAAGGGUGGCUUGUUGGAGAUGGGGUGAGCGCGGCGGACACAAUGAUGGGAUUUUCUGUGAUGUUUAUCUUUGCUAAUAGUCUUGCCGGUGAAGCGGAGGGGAAGUGGAAGCGAAUCUUGGAGUGGAUCAGGAAGAUUGAGGAUCGAGAAGCAUAUAAGAGGGCCGUGGAGAAGACGGGAUUUGUGCUGAAGCCGCAAUAG